ACAAAUUGGAAUAUGGCGGUAUCAGCGCUGUCAUUCCUUCGCAAGGAUCAGAAAUCAAAAGAAUUAUCUGAGAAAGCUCCAAAACCAACAGGUUCCACGUUAGAUUUUCCAGAGUCCAUUGAUGAUCAGGCACUUUGACAGAUUUUGGUAAACAUCACAAAAGAAAUCCCAAGCAACCAAGAUGAAGAGCAGAAAGAGAGGACGACCUCCUGCAGACUCUUCUGACAAGCCUGCAGCUAAAAAGGCUGCAAUCAAUUCCCCCACUCAAGGAAAGACCAGAGCCACUUCCAAAACAGUGCAGAAGCCUACGGUAAAGAAGACAGUGGUAAUCAAGAAAGUUUCGGCUCCCGCGAGGAGCAAGAAAUCUAAACAGACGGAGUCCAGCCGGGUAAACCAGAAGAAACAUGCUCCAAAUAAAAAGAAAACUCUUCCAAUCAAGUUCAGUGGAGCCACGGGGAAGUCCUCGAGUGCAGAAUCUGCUGAGAGAAGAGACCAAACAAAGCAGGAUGAAGCAACUACUGAAUUAUUAUCUGAGCCAUCAAUUGAAAUGGAAGAUGAACACAAUUACAGCAAAGAUCCUAGAGAUGAACUGAUGAAAUUGAACCUGCUGAUUUAUGCCUGCCCUGUAUGCAAGAAAUAUUCCUUUGAUCCUCAGCAGAUGACCAAUCAUGCAAGGACAAUGCAUGAGGGUAAAGUUGGUGUUAUGCUUAUGUUGCCGCUUCCAGACGUCAAGUUACCCAAGCUUGCAUCCCCACAAAAACAGCAAGUAUUAGCAUCACCUCCGCCGACCAGGGUUGUAAGCCCGACUGCAGAGGGAAACAAGACAAUGUAUGGCUGCGACAAGUGUGAUAGACAGUUUGAUCGUGCUAGACAGAUGAAUAUGCACAGAUGCCUCCAGAUGAGCAAGAGGAAGUCAUCGCCCCGCAGGGGAGAGGAAAGUACAUUAUCAAAAUCUCCUAGUAGAGCAGAAGAAAUGUUAACGCUAAUGACUCCCAAAGAGAACAAGAAAGAGUCAGAAUCAGAAACAGUCACAUCUCACCUUGUCAUUGUUGAGAAUGAAGCGACAAACUCUGAUAAAAUUAAAGAAAGUGGAGUGGAAGAUGGGAAGAAAAUUCCCCCAUACCUCCCAAGACGGCUACUGAUCUUGUUGACUUUGAAUCUCCACAGCAGUUUGGAGACAGCCCUACCAAAGUAAGGAGCUUUGAAGAGGAUCCCAUGGAUAAUGGCAUUGAUGAUGAUGAUGAUGAUGGUAUACCACCUACUCUAGGUGUCCAUCUAAGUAAAGACAUACCACCAGAGGACAGACCUGGCACAUGGAAACUCUGCAAAAGAAAACAUGUGACAGGGUGGAAGUGGGAAGCACAGAAAGUGACUGAUGAAGAGAUGAAGCAGAUAG